AAAUCAGCCUUAAGUUUACCUAUAUCGAUAACUGUCAAAAAGUUGUGUUUUGUGUUUUUUUAAAAAUCUGUUUUCUCGAAUGAUUUUAGAAAGAAAUCAUUAAAAAGUUUAAUAGAAUCUAACAAAAAUGACGGCAGAAACAAAAAAAUUCUUGUACGAGCUUUUAAAUAGUGUCGAUGGUCUUUAUAGUAUAUUAAUAACAGAUAGAGAUGGAGUUUCUGUAUUAUCAGUUGCAAAUGAAGUGGCUCCUGAAUUAGGUAUGAGAACAAAUUUUCUUUCCACCUUCACUAUGGCUACUGAACAAGGAAGUAAAUUAGGUCUGAGAAAAAAUAAAAGUGUCAUCUGCAUGUAUAGUACCUAUCAGGUAGUGCAACUUAAUAAAUUGCCAUUGGUAGUGAGUUUUAUUGCUAGUCACACGUGUAAUACGGGUCACAUUUUGUCAUUGGAGAGCAAAAUUGAUCCAAUUUUGAGCAGUUUAAAAAAUGCCGUAGCAGAAGCAUGAUGGUUACCUGUUGUUCAUUAUGGAUGAUAAAAAAAAACAAAGAAAUUCAAUUUUCAAGUGAUCGACAGAGACUUUAUAAAUGACGAAAGGUGGUGUUAUAUCAAAAAAAUUUUUUUUAAAGUAAAUUUUUGAAAAAAAAAUAAUUUUACAAAAAUUUGCUGAUAUUGCGAAUGAUAAAAAUAUUUACAAAGAGUUUUCUUUAAUGAAAUAUUUACAAAUUUCAAUUUAAUUAAAUUUUCUAAAAUAAUAAUUGUUCUCAAAAAAAGGAUAAAUUCUAUUUAAAAAAUUUUAAAUGUAAUAUUAAAAAAAGAACAAUUAUUAAUGGUAGAAUAAUUAAAUAUUUGUUCAAUAUUUAGUUUGUAAAUACAAAAAAUGUCUUUUCAAUUUGA